AUGAAGCUCAAACUUCGAACGCAGAGCACAGAAACGCUUAAAAUAUGCUUCUCACAGAUAAGCAGUCUCAGAAAGUUUGUAGUGCUUAGGUUUAGCCCCGAGCAGCUCCUUGCUAUUCUGAUGAAAGACACGUCCUUGAACCAGGAACCUCAGGUAUGGUGCAAGUUUCGAAUGCUGGCCAUCUUCAACGAGAUCGAGAUCCAAAGUCUUAGGAAUGACGUGGUGCUACUAGAGAUAAACAUUGAGCUCUUCCUCCAAACGCUUAAGAACUUUGAGAAGGCUGACAGCCACGAUCUCAGUAUUCGUUUGCAAAGGAAAGAAGCCUCAUCAGAUGGUGCCACCAGUGGAGGUGGCAGAACAGCGUCAUUGGCUCUUUACUAUUCUGAUCUCACCACCUCAGCUAAUACAGUCAACCAUACGUUCAGAAUUCCUGUCAAGAUUCUUAAAGGGUCCACUGAUCUACUACAAGAGCCGGAAUUGCCUAGGGUUGAUCUAAUGAUGCGUCUACCUAACGAGUUCUCUUCUACCUACAAACGUCUAGAUAAGUUCAAGAAGAACUUGGCAAGUGAUCUAGUUACGAUCAAAGCGAGCAGAAGGCGAGGCGGUUACUUGGGCUUUGUUCUACAGGAAGAUGGUAAGUUCAAAGUGACGAUACGGUGGAAUGAUAAGCUAGACGUCCAAAAGCCCAAGUUUUCCAACUUGGAUACUGACAGUCUACGAGCUCAGGCAUUACAAGAGCCCGAAGAAGAAGUAGAUGAGCAUGAUGAGCUGGAAGAUACGGAAAUCGUGGUUAAGCUCAAGGACUGGAAAAUGGCAUCGAAGAUCGUGAGCACGUGUAAAACAAUCAUCUUCCUCAUGUGCCACCAAGAAGCAUGUGUGUUACAUUGCUUGCUCGAUGAUACGGAUGAUGUCGAAGUGCUCUAUUAUCUUAGUGCAGUGAAAAUUCGUGAUAUGGAAGAUUAA